UCACCUAGUCAGUCCUUAGCUUGUUCUUCGACGACAAUUUGAAGCUUCCGAGUUCAGUGAGCAGAGCGCGGCGGCUCCUUCCUUCCUCCAUACCAAUCUGAAGGCUGAAGCUUCGAAGUUCACAUUACUGUUAGCAUUCUCUCUGGUCUUUGCAUUCGCCAUUUAUAACUUCAGAUCAAGGACAUUAUUUUGAUCAGAGAAUUCUCUUUAUGCUUGAAAAUAAAAUCAACCACCUUCUUUACCUAUGUAAACAGAUUUCAAGUUCCCAACCUAUUUCUCAUUCAAGGCCUCUUCGUUAUCUCCCGCGUCAACCUUCAUUGAGUCAAAUCAAGCAAGCCCAUGCGUGCAUCAUUGUCUCAGGCAUCUUUGGCUAUGUCCGCUUCAUGGGUCAUCUUCUUGCUUAUCUUUCUUUGUCCUCAUCGAUUCCCUUGGACUAUUGCUCCACAAUCUUGCACACAAUGAGCUUCCCUAGUGUCUUCACCUUCAAUAACAUGAUUAGAUGCCUUGCCAAAGGGAAGUCACCUUAUGAUUCCAUUGCUUUAUACUCAUCAUUGCAACGUAGGUGCUUGAAGCCCAAUAAGCACACUUUCACCUUUGUGUUGCAAGCUUGUAGCAAGGCUUUGGCUAUAAAUGAAGGGGUUCAGAUUCACGCCCAUGUGAUCAAACUUGGUUUUGGAGAAGAUUUGUUCAUUCGAAAUGCCUUGAUUCACCUGUACUGUUCUUGUUCUAGAGUUGAAUGCUCAAAAAGGGUAUUUGAGGAAGAUGUCCGCUGCAGAGAUGUGGUCACUUGGAACUCAAUGUUGGCAGCUAUGAUGAGAGAUGGACAGAUAAAUGUUGCGGAACAGUUGUUUGGAAAAAUGCUGGAGAAAGAUGUCAUCUCAUGGAGUACAAUGAUCAAGGGAUAUGUUCAAAAUGGACUGUUGGAACAAGGGCUGGAGUGCUUUAAAGAAAUGAGAGUGAGAAGCAUAAGACCUAAUGAGGCAAUAUUGGUUAUGGUGAUUUCAGCUUCAGCCCAAUUGGGUUUGCUUGGGUAUGGUCAAUUCAUUCAUUCUACCAUUGAAUCCUUGAAUUUCCCAAUAACUGUUCCCAUAGGAACAGCACUAAUUGACAUGUAUGCAAAGUGUGGUUGCAUUGAAAAGUCAAUAUUAUUGUUCAAUGAUAUGCCCAGGAAGGAUAAAUGGACUUGGAAUGUCAUGAUUUGUGGCUUGGCUUCACAUGGUCAUGCAAAGGAUGCACUUGCACUCUUUCAAAAGUUUAUAAGUGAAAGUUUCUAUCCCACCAACAUUACUUUCAUUGGGGUUCUAAAUGCUUGUAGCAGAGCUGGUCUUGUUAAUGAGGGUAGAGAAUACUUUAAAUCAAUGAUAGACGAAUAUGGCAUUCAACCAGAGAUGGAGCACUAUGGGUGCAUGGUUGAUCUUUUUGCUCGUAGUGGAUUAAUAGAUGAAGCCUUUCACUUGAUUGAGACAAUGGCAACUCCGCCAGACCCUGUAUUGUGGGCAACACUACUAGGUGCUUGUAAGAUAUAUGGAUUAGUGGAAAUGGGAGAGAAGAUUGGAAAUAAGUUGAUACAUCUGGAACCAACACAUGAUGGGCAUUAUGUACAGUUGGCUGGAAUAUAUGCAAAAGCCAGAAAAUGGGAAGAUGUUGUUAGAGUUCGUAGGUUAUGAUUGACAGAAACACCAAAAAGUUGCGGGUUGUAGCCUGAUUGAGAGCCAGGGUAGAGUUCAUCAAUUUGUUGCAGGAGACAGAGAACACGAGUGUUCUUCUGACAUUUAUAAAAUGCUGCAAACAAUAGGAAUGAGAAUAGUUGAAGAUGGUUACUCACCAAAUAUUUUCACCAGUGUUGCAUGAUAUUGAGGAGGAAGAAAAAGAAAAUGCAAUUCAAGUGCACAGUGAGAGACUAGCAAUUGCUUUUGGUAUUUUGGUAACAGAAGUUGGCGAUUGCAUCAGAAUUGUUAAGAACUUGAGAAUUUGCGAGGAUUGUCAUGAGGUGAGCAAGAUUAUAUCCAAAGUGUUUCAGAGAGAGAUAGUGGUUAGGGAUGCCAGCCGGUUUCACCAUUUUAAGGAAGGCAAGUGUUCCUGUCUUGAUUAUUGGUAGAUCAUGAUUAAAUUAUAUCUUUUUGGACCAUAAGAUCUAAGAAUCUUGUGCCAUGCUGCUACCCUUGGAUUAUAAUUUAUUAAAUCUUAGAUUAUCUAUUGAUACAAAUUUCAUGAAGGAGUUAGGGCUAAUUAAGUGUUGGCAGGAAUGAACUGGUGAUUAGCACAUAAUGUUCAGAGACGAGAGGGAGAAACAUGCCACCUUGUUAAGCCAUAUUCUGCAUACUAUCUUCAACUUCAGGCAAAUUGAUUGUACUGGCUAGUAGAUGCUGGUCAAUGAAUUCAUAAUUGUCCUUCUAAUUUACCAAUAACCGUUUCAGUAGAGGAAAAUUCUAAUGGACAUGAAAGCAGGGUGUGUUGGCAUUCAAUAGGAAAAAAAAUCUUAUUUUAUGAUCUGCACAGGAGGGUUUCUGAUAUGGACGAUCAUUAUAAGGACUUUUGGAUGUAUAAUGCUGUGAUCUCCAGCAUACUUUGUCCCAAUUUUUUUUUUUUUUAAAAGAUCUGAGUUAGAUUGACUUGCUUGAACACCGAGCAUGCCAUUUCUCUGUACAAAUUGACAGGUGAUCAGUUCUGUCACAGUGAAGAUAACCUUCAUAUGGGUCUUAACUUCUUGUAGUAAAGCAGCUUUGGUAGUAAAACCUGGAAUUCCUAAAGUUAAUAAAGCAUGACAAUCACAUGAUACCUGAGGUGGUGCAUUUUUGUUCUGUGGUUUAUCUCCCAGCAUGUAUUUAUCUCGUAGAUGAAGCUGACAGUGAUGGUUCAAACCAACCUCGGUAUUGUGGGGAACACUUUUAAGUUGAUUCAAUCAGUUGAAACCACAUGGGCAUUGUAUGCAAUUCUAAAGCAAGAAAAUUGAAAGAUGUGUCUGUGAUUCCCAUAUUAAUGAUUGGAGAAAACAUCAUCGAGCUGCAUGUUGAAUCUUGAAUAAAGCACAGGGAAUCAUUCAAAGGAAAAAGGACUGGGAAGGGCUGAAGCUGGUUAUGGCUUUGAAUCAAGCCUCAAACUGUGUUACAAGUUAUAGGCACCAACACAGACUGCAAAUUGAUGUAUGCUAUUAGAGGUAAACAAAUGAUUGUAUUUUUAGUCACAUAAGUUGGAGAUUGCACAAGAAUUGUGACGAGAUUAAAAUUUGUGAUGAUUCUCGUUUGGUGAUCACCCUUUUUUUUUAAAUCUCUGAAGUGUUAAUUGAGAUACAGAUUACAGUCAGAAAUGUUUUGAUGAUUCAUAUUUGCAUAUAUGGAAUUUUUCCUUGUCCAUAUUACCUUUGAGAACAAGAUUAACUGUUAUCAGUUUCAAAAUGUGAGGAUUGUCAUGAGUUUAUUAAUGUAGAGUGGCAGGUACAUGAUACGGAUCAGUGAUGAGAUUAAAUCUUCUGCUGCUGUGAUAGAGUUCCAAACAUUAUGGGAUAAUGGAUGAUUUGGGAAGUUAGAAAAAUAUUAGGCAUAAAUUUCAUUCUAAAUUAUUUUAGAUAUUUUUUGUUUAAUGAUAUUAUUUAGAUUAUUUUUCUAUUUUGUUGAGUAGCCCUUAAGUUUAGGAGUAGUGGGUUAGGGUGCUUGGAGAUUAAGUUAGUAUUUAUAUUUUAGGUAGUUAUUCCCCAUUAACUUAGUUAUGGAUUAAUGGGAGUAGUUUUAGGAAUUAUUAGUUAUUUUUCUAUCUAUAAAUAUUGAGGCAUAUAUCAUAGAGAAAGCAUGUGGAAAUAAAAUCAUAAUUUUUAUCAAUGGAGAUUUUUCUUUGGCUUUAUUACUUAUAUGAGUUUAAGAUUCUUGCUCAUCUCUUACUACAGAUUUUCCUUCAUCUUUAUUAAUUUAUGAAGUUAAAUUCUGAUUUUGUAUUUUAAUAAAGAUUUCUAUGCUUAUUUUUCUGUUCCAAUCAUUUGGUAUUUGAGCUGUUCGAUCCAAAGAUGGUACCUAUCAUGCCUUCUUCACAAACCCACAUUUCACUGCCCAUCCCAUCCUAUUAUCAUCCAUCUUCUAGCACACAUUUCCCAAGUAUGAUGGUGGAGAUCCAAAGCCAUGGAUUUUGAAAGCUGAAAAUUAUUUCCGAUAUUAUCACACAUCUUAAGACUUCAAAGUGGAUAUUGCAUUGAGGAACUAUGAUUUCUUCACUUCCGUCAACAUGGAGCAUACAAUCCUCUAUUGGGAUGAAUCAGUGGAGGUGUUUCUUGAAAAUUAUGGCUUUGCAGAAUUUCAAAAUUUGGAUGAAUAUCUCUGUAGCAUCAAACAAGAGGGAAGUGUCCAAGAAUACUGCUAAGUGUUUGCUAAGCGCCCUACACGAGUCAAAAAUUGGCUAGAACAUUGCUUCUUGGGUGUCUUCACAAACGGCUUAAAGGAGGAGUUAAAAUCUGAGGUGAGAAAUCAUAAGCCUAAAGCAGUUUAUCAAGCAAUAAGCUUGGCCCUUGAGUAUGAGAUAAAAGCCAAAAAUCUUUGUGGGCCCAAAGCUGCCCUUCAACCUCGUUAAAGUAAAGUUUUGACAACUUCUACAUUACUCACAGGCACAUGUGACUUCCGGGGUCCAACAUUGCAGGCAUCAUCUCACUCCUCCAAAUUGUCUUCUUUGACCCCAAACCUUCUGCAAUCUUCAUCAAAGACUGAAAAGCAAUAAAAGCAUGACACAUGUCCCUGCUUCAGAUGCCAGACCACCUUCAUGUUAGGCCAUCUUUGCAAGUCGAACUCCUUUUCUAACCUGGAGAUUGAUGUUGAAGGCCAUCCUGUUUCAGGUUUAAAGGGGAUCGGCGAACAAAAAGGGCGUGAGCAGGUUGGUAUCUCCUUCAUGGCCAUCUUUGGAAAAUCUCCAGCAUCAAUGAUAAAGCUUCAACCAAGCUUGCGAUGCCAUUCUGAUCUGAUUCUUAGGAAUAGUGGGUCCGUGUAUUGUUUUCUCCUUGACACUUCGAUUAUUGACUCAAUCUCUUGUUCAACCCACCUAUGCUUUUGGAAUUCAAAUCCAUGGUGCUGAUAUAUGCUCUUAUAUUGUCUUCCUAUCGCUUCUACUUAAACCUCCAGACAUACAAGAAAAGCAAAGCUAUUGUCUCUUUCUCGCCUUGAGGACAAGGCGAAUUUCUAAGGGCGGAGUAUUGAUGGAGUCCCCAUCAUGAUUUGGGAAGUUGGGAAAAUAUUAGGCAUAAAUAUCAUUCUAAAUUAUUUUAGAUAUUUUUUUAAUAAUAUUAUUUAGAUUAUUUUUCUAUUCUGUGGAGUGGCCCUUAAGUUUAGGAGUAGUGGGUUAUGGUACAUAGAGACUAAAUUGGUAUUUAUAUUUAUUUAUUUAUAUUUAGGUAGUUAUUCCCCAUUAUCUUAGUUAUGGAUUAAUGGGAGUACUUUAGGAAUUAUUAGUUAUCUUUCCGUCUAUAAAUAUUGAGGCACAUUCCAUGUAGAAAGCAUUUGGAAAUAAAAUCAUUAUUUUUAUCAGUGGAGAUUCUUCUUUAGCUUAUUAGUUGUAUGAGUUUAAGAUUUUUGCUCAUCUCCUACUAAAAAUUUCCCUUCAUCUUUGCCAAUUUAUGAAGUUAGAUUCUGAUUUCAUAUUUUAAUAAAGAUUUCUAUUGCUUAUCAUAUGAAACAAUCUUUAUCUAGUAUAUGUAUGAUUCAAAUAGGAUAGUUCAGACUGUUUUAGGAUUAUGAGCGAACAAAGCAGAGAGCCACCCUAGAGACAGUCAAGACUCUUGAUUGCAUUUUUUACUAACGCAUUAUGAAUAGGGGAUUCACAUGAAUACUUCGUCUUCUUGUUCCAGCUGUGAAUUAAAGUUCCUUGAUUCUCAACUGUUAUGUUCAGAACAAAAAUGUCCUCUAUUAUUCGUACAGAAACAUUAGUUCUUAGUUCCUGAACUUCUACACGUUCUCAUAAGCUACUAUUGUAGAAUAUGAUCCAAAAGAAAAAAAAGGUUACUGAAGUGUUGAAAAGUAGGUAUACUUGUCUGUUUCACGUCUAUAGUAUAAAAUCUAUAUCAUAGGGGGGUAAUUUUUAUGGUAAACCAUGAAAAAUCUGCACUCAUGCAGAAAAAUGGCAGAUAAUGGUGAUAGUUUCACUCUAUUCGAACACAUCUCCGUAGUGGAAAAUUCAGGUGAAGAAAUGUUCAGAGGAAGACCCGAAGAUGAUGUUCCAUAUAGUGCUUCAACCAAUUUAUGUUAAGGUUUAGCAUAUGUGGAUGUGGAAUUGCUAGAAAAGUUCGCAUAGUAAGCUUGAAUGAUUAGUUGAUUACUGAUGGUAUAUGAAAUGCUCAAUUGAGUAUUAUAUGGGUUGGUUUUCCCAUCUCAAUAGCUAGCUUUAGAGUAGAUGGAGACCUAACUAAGCAUCCCAUAUUACUCAACAUGGGAUGUGGGAUUUGGUAUCUCAUACUACCAAGUCUUCAUCAUCAGCAAUCAAAUAAUCAUCCAUGCUUAUUGUCCGAACUUUUCUGGCAAUUCCACAUCCAUAUGCUAAACCAUGACAUAAAUUGGUUGAAGUUGUCAUACAAAUGACAUAUUGUAUCUAAUAAAUUAUGAUCCUGUCAUUGCAUCCAGCUGAUUUAAUUAACCCAAUUAAAAUGGUCUUGUGAUGUGUUUGAUUUUGUAAUAGAUCUCCAUAACCGAACUCAAUCAGGCUAGGUAUACACUAGUUAUGGGUUUGUUGCUGAAAUCAUCUGGGUGCUCCUCUUGCUUAUGUGGACCAUUCUGCCACUAAAGAAGAAGGAUAAAUGGAAGAGAAAUUCUUUGGCUGACCAAAUAGAUUGUUAGGCCCUAUUAAUUAUGAACAAGCAUAUAAGCAUGUUGGACAUACUCCCUCCUUUCUUUAAUAUAAGGUGAAGUUUGAUUUUUUUUUCCCUUGUUUUGCCCUUAAUAUAAGACAAAGUUUAUAUUAAUGUUUCUUUCCUUCUAAUUUUAUCCCUUGUUUAUAUAUAAAUUCAUUUGAAUUUCUAGAAAGUGCAUAUUGUUUUUAAUAAUUUUAAAGAUAUAACUACCAUUCCUUAAUAAUCGUGAAGUUAGUUAAAUUCAUCUUAUAUGAAGGACCCGAAUAGUAAGUUUUAAUAGUCACUCUACUAGUGAUUAGUUUGAUCUGCUUAUUAAUAGGUCUCCAAAAUGGGAAAUAAUGUCUGCAGCUUUGACCCUUGGAAGUGCUAUUAGCUUGUUAGAAUGGAACAUGUCUUUUUUUUUUUUUUCCGGUUUGUGAAAGAAAAUUCUUUUCUUGAACAAAAGGAUUGAUAGCACCAAUAAUAAGAAAGCAUUCCUCUUUUAUGUCUCACAAGAGCCUUAAAGUCAAUGAGACAGCUAACAAUCUACUCAAUUGAGCAUCAUGCUAGUCUGGACUUGGAAAGAGCGCACAAAGCACACUGACUAUUGGAAAACUAUUUGAAUAAUUCACAACACAACGGACCAAUAUUUCAUGAACAUAAAAUUUAUUACUAAUGAUGUGUUCUUUAUCUUAACAUGGGGGCAGAUCUGCUGGUGGUGGUAUUACUGUCUGUGAUGGUCCAACUCCAUUCUCUACCAAGAAUGCCAUUGCAAAACCCCAAAAUAGAUGUGAAUCUUUGUGACAAUGCAUGAACCAAAUUCCUGUUUUGCACCAAUAAUUGAAAAUCAUAUGAUUAGUUAUGUAUUUUUUAACACAAGUUGUAUCAGUAUGACUAAUGAUUUUUUUUCAGUAGCAUAUUAUAUUACCUGGAUUAUCAGCUACAAAACGAAUAGCUACCCAUCCUCCUGGAGGGUUUCCUAUGGUGUUCCUUUGAGGUGGAUCAACAAGGUUGAAAUUCGCAGGAUCUGUUGCUGGGUUGAAAUUGCCAAAACCUGAACCAACUACAAAGAAGUCGUAUCCAUGAAGAUGGAGUGGAUGGUCCUCAGUUGUCACUAUACUUGUGUCCUGGAAAACAAUUUGCACCCUGGAACCAUACUUCAACUUGUAGAGCUUAGUUCCCCGGGAAGGCGUCCAUAGGCCUCGGGGCACAUUCCCAGUAUAAUUGAAUUGCAGAGGAGGAACAGGAGGAAAGUCUGUGGUGAAGACACCAGGUAUACCUUGAUAAUAUGCUUGCAUUAAGGAGGAGGUUCUUGGCAGUACCAAAGAAACAUUGUUCACGCUGGCUGUGAAGCGAGUUCCAUUCGGUCCUUGACAACGGGGACUAUUAGGAUUUGUGCAAUUGAUUAAUCCUAACCCAACUACAAAAUUCAGAUUCACAUCAACAUUUGUAAACACAGUAUUCUGGGAAAGGCCCCUGAUUCCAUUGGUGAAUGCAGUUGCAGUUGAUGUAUCAUUGAAAGCUGGAAGAGCUGCCAAUAAUGGUCUUGAGAGCUGUCCAUUAUUGUUGCCGCAGCCAACAGAUUUGUAUUCAAGGAUUGCGGUGGGGGUGGUAUUGUCAAAAGGAGCAUUUUGGGCUGUUUCAUAAGCUCGUGCUGCCAUGUAGUAACGACCUGGGAUUUGAUCAGCAGUGAGGAGGACAUCGUAUGUCUGGCCUGGUCCUAUCAUGAUGACUCUUGUGGUGAAAGGCUUGGUGUAAGUUGCAUCAGUGCCAACAACAGUCAUCCUAUGGUUGGCAACUGAAAAGAAGAGUUCUUGUUCAAGUGCACUGUUGAUUAUUCGCAAGAGAAUUGUCUCCCCAGCUUCUACUGGUACACGUACUGUAUCUGCAUAAUGUUUUUUUUCAUAUGUUACAGGUCUGUCAUUCUUAAUCCUUUUCAACCUGAGAGAAUUUUAAUCUAUGUUGUAGUGUUGUGAUUCGAUAAUGAUUUCAAACCUUGGCUGGAGCAUCUGUAGAAAUCUCCAGGUUGACCAUUGAUUGUGUAUGCAAUAGAUACAUUUGGAGGUGCUCCUGUAAAUUGUGUCAUCCUUAAGAGACUCACUGGAUCUCUGUCAAACCAUUCCGCUGUUCAUCAUAAGAAAUAGUCUGUCAUGCUCAAUAGUAUUUUAAGAUUUCACUGUUGAUCAUAAACUUCAAUUACAUUGCAAAGGCAAAAUGUGAGAUUAGAGCAUAGCUGUCUAAGAAAACAUAUUAUAGAGGUGUACCAAGAAGAAUGGGAAAUUCUCUCCUAGGCAUUGGGAAUGGAUAAUGAGAGCCCAAUCUGGGGUAGAUUAUGAUAGCUCCAUAGAGAGUGGCUCUGAGGAAUCCAACAUGAGCAUGCCAAAAUAAUGUGCCUUCUUGAUUAAUGAUGGUAAAGCGGUAUGUGUAACUCGCCCCCGGUUGUAUGGGACACUGAGUCACAUAACCAGGUCCAUCUGCCCAUGGAUUUCGCAGCAUUCGAAGGCCAUGCCUAAAAGCAUAUCAGAUUAUGAGGAAUAUAUUAUCAAAUAUCAAGCAUGAUGAGCCAAUGCUUUUCCCUGUAGUUGUUCAGGAUAAAUUUGUCAAGAUGAAUGUGAUAAUGUGAUAUUGAUUACCAGUGGAUAGUAACGUUGUAUUUUGCAGCAUUUACUACUCUGAUAGCAAGUGAAUCUCCAUUUCUAGCCUCCACAGUCGGCCCCGGAAGUUGCCCGUUGACAGUGAUUAUGUUGACGGUUCUGCACACCCUCGUUGUCGGCGUGGUUUGAAUCUAUUUCGAUCGAUUUUUGAAGUUAUUAUAUAUGCUGAUCAGUAACUUGAUUCAUCAUAAUAAUAUUAUAUGAUCUGUAAUAACUACUUUAUGACCAUGCGGCUAAAACUUACAACAAAUUCAUGGUAGUGAGUCUCUGCAGCUGCAAAAGAGUCAAGCCAAGUAAUGACAGUGAGUAGAUUGAAUAAGAGCCAUAAGCAACAUGACUUUCCAGGGAGGUUGGAAAUCUCCAUUGUUGUCUCUGACUUUGUGGAAUGGAGUUACCUUGCGUUAUGUGAUUCAACACUGGUCCAAAGUGCAGGUAUAUAUAAAGCUAAUAAUAGCCUGCUAGUAAUCUCAUUUUUUGAUUUUUUAUUAUAGUUGUCUUUUGGCCUUCUCAUGAGUGAACAGAGUUGUUAAUUAAUGUACUUAAAUAUGAUUAGUCUAACCAGAAAGAGGAUCUGGUGUACCCACUAGCUCAAUCAGUCAACUUUGUAGGAAAAUGUUAUACAGUCUUGUAUUUCGUUGCACAAAGUGAUCUAACAAUGAUAUUAGGUAAAUAAAUCAUUUUUUUUUCUUA